AUGGGAAGUGGUUCUUCAAAAUAAAAAGCAGAUGUAAGUACUAAUACUGAAACAAUUUAAUAAAAAAUUUAACCAAUUUAGGCUAAACCUUAAGAAUUAAAAAAGGACGAUUAAACUAAUAAAUACAAUUAAGCCAAACCUAACAAUAUCACAUACAAUAAGAUUGUAGAAAUACCUAAAAAGGAUUUACCUAUUGUUAAAGCAACCAAUUAGUAUGACAAUUCAAUCUAAAAAAAACAAAUAAAUUAAGGUUAUUGUGAUUAAUAAAAAGUAAAUCUAUCCUAUCAUUAUAAGACAUAAAUAUGUUACAACACCGAAAUCUUUAAAAAAAGGAAGACCAAAUCUUAUAAUAAAGGAAUGAUUAACAAAACAUAGAUUAUCAAUUUUAUAAUUAUGGAUUAAUAAAUAUGAAAAAAAACGCACCUAAAAAAAAAAUGUAAUAAUUUCUUGAGAAUAUCAAAAUUGGCAAUCAAAGAUAAUAGUUUAAUUUGAAUAAUAAUUAAGAAAAUGCUGGAAAAUCACCAUUUAGAGCUGCAAAUUUAUCAUUCCAAGCUGAUAAAGAUGAGAAAAUAAAGGAAUUAAAUUUUAAAAAAUUAUAAUAACCAAUCUAAAAUACUUUUUACAAUUAUCAAUCACCUCAUUUAGUAGGUUAAAAACCAAUUUAAAAGCCAGGAAAAAAUCAAUACUUACCAGCAUUAUUUUAAGAAUAAUAAAGAAAAGAGGAAAUUAAAUAUAAACCAUAAUAAAAUAUAAAAAUAUUAGAAAUAAUUGAAUUAGAUUAUAUAGACAUCUAUAACUAAAUUUUCAAUAAGAAAACUUAAGGAAGAUUUUCAAAUUAAUUUCCAUGUAAACAUUCUGAAUGCAAAACGGUCGCACAUAAAUUGUAAUUGUCAUAAUCAUACACCUUAUUCUUAUUAAAACAAGAUAUUGUAUUAUUUUUAUUAUAAAAUAUAGCUUAAUUGA